UGCCCCCGUUGUGUCGUGUCUUCGGCCUUGUGCCCUGGCGGGUGAGCCGGAAGGGACGAGCAGCUCGAGUUGCUCAUAAGCCAACAUGCCCCCCAAGGGGCGGUAUGAAAGGGGGGUGAGGGGAAUUAGAAAUCGUGCCUGUUCUCGCGUGGUGCUUCCGUGCCGAGACCUCUCUCAUCGUCAUCAUCAUCCUCCUCCUCCUCCCUCCCUCCCCAUCACCCAUCCAUCCAUACACCAUUCAUAUCAUCCCUUGAUUACAUGCCAUCUCCUCAUCCGCAUAUACAUAUAAGACAACACGAGUCCUUGCCGAACACACGGACAGCAAGCUGUAAAACACCACCACCUGCACGGUCGCCACCAGCCCAGCUCGACAGUCUGUCUGUGUCUUCCUCGGCCUUGGGCGUAAACACCACACGCCCUCUCUGAGAUAGUUUCUCUCUCCCCCGGUCGUCAGCACAGCGGCCUCUCACUCUCUCUCUCACACACACACUCUCUCUCCCUCUUUCUAUACUCCUUCUACACACCCCCUUUCCCAAGCCCGCCACCAUGGCUCCUUCGGCAGUGUCCCCGGAGCAGCGGGCCGUCGAUGCCGUCGUCCCUCAGCAGCAGGCCACCAACGGCGACUACUCCAUCCAGCAGCACGGGCUUCCCGAGGGCAACUUCACGGGCUACGACCACGUAACGUGGUGGGUGGGCAACGCCAAGCAGGCGGCGGCCUACUACACGCAGCUCUUCGGGUUCGAGGCGGUGGCGUACCGCGGGCUCGAGACGGGCAGCCGGUACUUUGCGUCGUACGUCGUGGCCAACAACGACGUGCGCUUCGUCUUCACGUCGCCGCUGCGGUCGGCCGAGCACCUGCCCGCCGACGAGCCCAUCUCGCCCGCCGACAGGAAGCUGCUCGUGGCCAUGCACGCGCACCUGGAGCGGCACGGCGACGCCGUCAAGGACGUGGCCUUUGAGGUGGACAACGUCGAGGGCGUGUACCGCCGGGCCGUCGAGGGCGGCGCGCUCGCCAUCCAGGACCCCCAGACGCUGACGGCGGCGGCCGGCUCGGACGAGUACGGCGCGGGCUCCGUCGUCACCGCCGUCAUCAACACCUACGGCGACACCACGCACACCCUCAUCAGCCGCGGCGACUACCGGGGGCCCUUCCUCCCCGGGUUCCGCGCGGCCAAGAAGCCCACGGGCUCCGUCACCCAGCCCGCCGUGCGCCUGGCGCGCAUCGACCACUGCGUCGGCAACCAGGACUGGAACGAGAUGGACUCUGCGUGCGCCUUUUACGAGCGCGCGCUGUCCUUCCACCGCUUCUGGUCCGUCGACGACUCCCAGAUCUGCACCGAGUUCUCCGCCCUGAGCUCCAUCGUCAUGGCCUCGCCCAACAACCUCGUCAAGAUGCCCAUCAACGAGCCCGCCGCCGGCAAGAAGAAGUCCCAGAUCGAGGAGUACGUCGUCUUCAACUCGGGCCCCGGCGUCCAGCACAUCGCCCUCCUCACCGCCGACAUCAUCGCCGCCGUCUCCGCCCUCCGCGCCCGCGGCGUCGAGUUCAUCAACGUGCCCCAGACCUACUACGACACCAUGCGCCAGCGCCUCAAGACGGAGAAGCGCAACUGGGAGCUCAAGGAGGACCUCGACACCAUCCAGCGCCUCAACAUCCUCAUCGACUACGACGAGGGCGGCUACCUCCUCCAGCUCUUCACCAAGCCCCUCAUGGACCGCCCCACCGUCUUCAUCGAGAUCAUCCAGCGCAACGAGUUCGAGGGCUUCGGCGCCGGCAACUUUAGGAGCCUGUUUGAGGCCAUUGAGCGCGAGCAGGCCGAGAGAGGAAACCUGUAGAGCCCCCCUUCCCUCUACUUUCCUUCAAAACCCAACCCACAACAACACCGAUAAACCCAACAACAACAACACACACACACACACAUACACACACAUGCCGCGACACCACACCACCCCACAAGC